UUAUAUUUUUUAUUUCCAGUUUCUGAGAAGAGUCUUCGAGUUUCUCUCUCUAAAAAGCUUCUGCUUCAAAAUCUUUCCUUCUUCCAGUGCGAGAGAGAAAGAGAAAAAGAAAGAAAGGAAGAAAGAGGAAGCAUUUGAGAAUCUUACGGUCAGGAAUAUCAAUUCGUACCCUUAUUUGCUGGAAUAGGUUCAGCAGAGAAGAUAUUUGGAGGGGGAUUGUUAUAAUAAUUUUUAAGUAUUAGAGAGCGGCAGCUGAUUGAUUAACGUCGACCAGGUUCAGGGGGCGACUUGCCCCAAGGUGGCGAGUACAACCCUUUUCCUGUAGCUCGAAGGGCAAAUUCUGCCCAUACAAUGGUCAUGGAUGAGGAUUUGGAGGGUGGCAAUCUAGGGUCUUACCAAGACAGGCCAAGAACGUUUCCCAGUAUGCGUAGCAAAGCUUACACCCCAUGGAUUUUUCGAGUCCUACUUGGAAUAAACUCUCGCGUUCUUUUUGUAAUUUUGCUCUUGGGAUUAGGAGCAGUGUUUUAUGUAGGAGCACGUACUUCUCCCAUCAUUGUGUUUGUCUUCUCAGUUUGCAUUUUCAGCUUUCUUUUGUCCAUAUAUCUUACUAAGUGGGUACUCGCCAAGGAUGAGGGGCCUCCUGAGAUGGUCCAGAUAUCGGAAGCUAUUCGAGAUGGAGCUGAAGGUUUCUUCAGGACCCAAUAUGGAACUAUCUCUAAGAUGGCUUUUUUGCUAGCUCUAAUUAUCCUAUGCAUUUACUUGUUUCGCGAUAUAACUCCUCAACAAGAAGCUUCUGGUAUUGGGAGGUCUACUUCUGCAUGUAUCACCGUAGCUGCAUUUCUUUUGGGAGCUUUGUGCUCAGGUGCUGCAGGGUAUGUUGGGAUGUGGGUUUCUGUCCGUGCUAAUGUUCGAGUAUCUAGUGCUGCAAGAAGAUCUGCAAGAGAGGCGCUGCAGAUAGCUGUUCGAGCUGGUGGUUUUUCUGCUAUGGUUGUUGUUGGUAUGGCUGUAAUUGGCAUAGCAAUUUUGUAUGCCACAUUUUAUGUUUGGCUGGGGGUGGAUACACCGGGUGGAAUGAAGGUUACUGACUUGCCUCUUCUUCUUGUUGGAUAUGGUUUUGGAGCUUCUUUUGUUGCCCUGUUUGCACAGUUGGGAGGCGGAAUAUACACAAAAGCAGCAGAUGUUGGAGCAGACCUUGUUGGAAAAGUAGAGCAGGGCAUUCCUGAAGAUGAUCCUAGAAAUCCUGCUGUGAUUGCAGAUCUGGUUGGAGACAAUGUAGGCGAUUGUGCAGCUAGAGGUGCUGAUCUAUUUGAAAGUAUCGCAGCUGAAAUAAUCAGUGCUAUGAUACUUGGGGGAACAAUGGCUAGACGUUGUAAAAUUGAAGAUCCAACUGGCUUCAUAUUGUUCCCUCUUGUUGUUCACUCAUUUGAUCUUGUUAUAUCAUCUGUUGGAAUUUUCUCAAUUAGGGGUACACGUGAUUCUGGUGCGAAAGGUCCUAUAGAAGAUCCCAUGGCAAUUCUCCAAAAAGGAUAUUCUAUCACUAUUGUGUUAGCUGUAUUGACAUUUGGCCUGUCUACUCGCUGGUUGCUUUACACUGAACAAGCACCUUCUGCAUGGUUUAACUUUGCCUUAUGUGGGCUAGUUGGUAUCAUCACAGCUUAUGUUUUUGUCCGGAUUACCAAGUAUUACACUGACUACAAGCAUGAACCUGUACGCUCUUUAGCUCUUUCUAGCUCCACGGGUCAUGGGACAAAUAUAAUUGCUGGUGUCAGUUUGGGCCUGGAGUCAACUGCUCUUCCUGUUCUUGUUAUUAGUGUAGCUAUUAUCUCAGCCUUUUGGCUCGGUCAAACCUCUGGACUGGUAGAUGAAACUGGAAAACCAACAGGUGGGCUCUUUGGUACAGCUGUAGCAACAAUGGGAAUGCUUAGCACUGCUGCCUAUGUUCUUACUAUGGAUAUGUUUGGUCCUAUAGCUGAUAAUGCUGGUGGAAUUGUAGAGAUGAGUCAGCAGCCAGAAAGCGUUCGAGAGAUCACUGACCUCUUGGAUGCAGUAGGUAACACUACAAAAGCAACAACUAAAGGAUUUGCAAUUGGAUCUGCUGCACUUGCAUCGUUCCUUCUGUUUAGUGCAUAUAUGGAUGAGGUUUCUACAUUUGCACGUGUGCCUUUUACAGAGGUAGAUAUUGCCAUUCCAGAAGUUUUUGUUGGUGGGCUAUUGGGUUCUAUGCUUAUUUAUCUAUUUAGUGCUUGGGCCUGUUCAGCAGUGGGCCGUACUGCUCAAGAAGUUGUCAAAGAAGUAAGGAGACAAUUUAUUGAGAGGCCUGGUAUAAUGGACUACCAAGAGAAGCCCGAUUAUGGCCGUUGUGUUGCUAUUGUAGCAUCUGCAUCUUUGAGGGAAAUGAUAAAACCUGGUGCCUUGGCUAUUAUUUCACCUAUAGCAGUUGGUCUUCUGUUCCGGAUUUUGGGAUACUACACGGGGCAACCUCUGCUUGGGGCUAAAGUUGUUGCUUCAAUGCUGAUGUUUGCAACAGUUUCUGGUAUUCUCAUGGCUCUUUUCCUGAACACAGCAGGUGGUGCCUGGGACAAUGCGAAGAAGUACAUUGAGACAGGUGCCCUUGGUGGUAAAGGAAGCGAAUCUCAUAAAGCUGCAAUUACAGGAGACACUGUUGGAGAUCCAUUUAAGGACACAGCAGGGCCUUCCAUUCACGUCCUGAUAAAAAUGCUUGCAACGAUUACACUUGUAAUGGCUCCUGUGUUUCUGUGAGUAGUAGUGCUUAUAUCGACCAUGGUGUCGUUGCCGGCGUAUUAUAUUGUAUUGUAUUGCACCCAUUUUUCUUGGUUAUUUAGAUGUUUUUUGCAAAUACACAGAUAGAUCUUUGAUGUAGAAAUGAGGGGUGCCUGAUUUAGUGAUAUACCAAAUUUUCUUCACCUGAAUCUGAAAUAAAUGAGAUAUUUAACUGCU